CCUGCCUGAAACCCCAUAAAAAAGAAAUAAUAAUAAUAAUAAAAUUUUCAUAAAGUAAAUUCCCACCCAACACUCCGAUUUAUAAACUCCGAUCACCGGAGAUAUUUCCGGUGGAGAUCGGAAACUCUUGAAAAUCCUCAAUCCCACCACUAAUUGACUGCAUUUCCACCGCCCCUUUAUCCCUAUGGACUCCCCAGACAUCAAGGAAGAGCUAGAGGAGACUGAGGAGGAGGAGGUGGAGGUGGAGGUGGAGGUGGAAGUGGAGGUGGAGAAGAGAAAAAAGAGUUCUUUGUAUAUAUUUUUUGGUGCUCUUUUCAAAAUCCUUUUCACCACUUGGGCAACUUUUUCUGUAUCAUUUUUUAUGGUUUUUGUAGCUGUUGUUCUGGGCAACCUGUCAAUUUGGAACCCCAUUUCUGUUCCUUCUCACUGCAAGAUCCUGUCCAGUAGUGUGGAUCUGAGAUCAUCCAAAGUCUGUGAGCUAGGAUUACUAAAUUAUAGAGCCAAGCAUGUGUUUUAUCCUUAUGAGAGGAAGAAGUUCCGAUGUCGUUAUGAUUAUUAUUGGGCAUCUGUUUUUGAGGUUGAAUAUGUAGAUCGGUCAGGCCAGCGGAGAAUUGCAUUAGCAGAGGCUCCAAAUGAAGCCCUUCCGUCCAAUUGUAGACCGACUUUUGGAGCUGCAUGGUUAACCAAAGAUAAAUUUAAGGUCAAUGAAACUUAUGAUUGCUGGUACACAUUGGGGAUUUCCAAGGUUGACAUACGUCAGGAUGGUCUUUUCAAUUGCCAGGCAAAUCAUCCAUCCAGUUUUGAGAUGCUUAGACGAUACUCUAUCCUGUCUAUUAGGAUACUGAAAUCCUGGAUUACAAGCAGCAGAUCACUUAAGCACUGGAGAUUGGAUGUUGUGGCUGGAGUUGUGACUGGGUUCUGUACCUCCUUGGUAACUGUUGGCUUGGCUAGAGUUGUCCACCAAUUAAAGUCUUCCUUGCACCGUUGCUCUGCGGAAAGGACGCAUCUAUCUUCAUGUGCUGUCUAUAUCAAGCGAGCUUGCUUCUUCAUAGCAUAUUUCUCCUUUAUGGGUUUCUUGGCCUUAAUGUAUUUAAGAAGAAUAGGCCUCCCUCAGAUGUCUGGGAUGUUUGCUACCUGGUAGCACUUCUUGAUUGAGGUUACUUACCACCCCAGCCUCCUGAAUUCUGCCAAUUUUCACAUUGCAGAAUGAAGCAUAAUUAUGUAACAGCAAUGCACCAAUAUAGGUUUUGGCAAAUGAUCUACAUAUUAUAGAAUCUUUCUAGUCAGUAUGAUUGGAUAGUUUUCUUGUUUGCCCAAAGUUCAUCAAAGUCUAUAUAUUAUAGAAUCUAUCUAGUCAGUCAUCAAGCUUACAAACUCUUA